CCUGGAAGGGAGCCCGGACCUGUGCUCUGCCGUGGCUCCCCGCCCCCCUCGAAGCGCUUUUCCUGCCGCCGUGUGCGGUGUAGUCGCAGGCGGGUUUCAGGGUGCGUGGGCGUGUUUGGGAAGAAGCUGCGAGCUGAUAGGAGGUGCCUCGGAAUAAUGUAUUUGUGGCCUUGGACAUGAAGUAAUCAGACCUGUUGCUGUUGAUAUAGGAUCAGGGACUGAUGAGGGCAGCAUGGACCUGAUGAACGGGCAGGCAAGCAAUGUUAAUAUCGCAGCCACUGUUUCCGAGAAAAGUAGCAGCUCUGAGUCAUUAAGUGACAAGGGCUCUGAACUGAAGAAAAGCUUUGAUGCUGUGGUAUUUGAUGUGCUUAAGGUUACACCAGAAGAGUACGCGGGUCAGAUAACACUAAUGGAUGUCCCAGUGUUUAAAGCUAUCCAGCCAGAUGAGCUUUCCAGUUGUGGAUGGAAUAAAAAAGAAAAAUAUAGUUCUGCACCAAAUGCAGUUGCUUUCACAAGAAGAUUUAAUCAUGUAAGCUUUUGGGUUGUUAGAGAGAUUCUCCAUGCUCAAACAUUGAAAAUAAGAGCAGAAGUUUUGAGCCACUAUAUUAAAACUGCUAAGAAACUGUAUGAACUUAACAACCUUCAUGCACUUAUGGCUGUGGUUUCUGGCUUACAGAGUGCACCAAUUUUCAGAUUGACUAAGACAUGGGCGUUAUUAAGUCGAAAAGACAAAACUACAUUUGAAAAACUGGAAUAUGUAAUGAGUAAAGAAGAUAACUACAAAAGACUCAGAGACUAUAUAAGCAGCUUAAAGAUGACACCUUGUAUUCCUUACUUAGGUAUCUAUUUGUCAGACUUGACAUACAUCGACUCAGCAUACCCAUCCACCGGCAGCAUUCUAGAAAAUGAGCAAAGAUCAAAUUUGAUGAAUAACAUUCUUCGAAUAAUUUCUGAUUUACAGCAAUCCUGUGAAUAUGAUAUUCCCAUGUUGCCUCAUGUCCAGAAAUACCUGAAUUCCGUUCAGUAUAUAGAAGAACUACAAAAGUUCGUGGAAGAUGAUAAUUACAAGCUCUCGUUAAAGAUAGAACCGGGGACAAGUACACCACGUUCAGCUGCUUCCAGAGAAGACCUAGUAGGUCCUGAAGUGGGAGCGUCACCUCAGAGCGGGAGGAAAAGCAGUGCUGCCGAGGGGACCUUCCUGCCACAGACACCCCCGUCCCCUCGGAACCUGAUUCCACAUGGACACAGGAAGUGCCAUAGCUUGGGUUACAAUUUCAUUCAUAAGAUGAACACAGCAGAAUUUAAGAGUGCGACAUUCCCAAAUGCAGGGCCACGGCACCUGCUGGAUGAUAGCGUCAUGGAGCCGCAUGCACCAUCACGGGGUCAAGCAGAGAGCUCCACGCUUUCCAGUGGAAUAUCCAUAGGGAGUAGUGAUGGCUCUGAACUAAGUGAAGAGACCUCAUGGCCAGCUUUUGAAAGGAACAGAUUAUACCAUUCUCUCGGCCCGGUGACAAGAGUGCCACGAAAUGGCUAUCGAAGCCACACGAAGGCCAGCAGUUCUGCGGAGUCAGAAGAUUUGGCGGUGCACUUGUACCCAGGAGCUGUUACUAUUCAAGGUGUCCUCAGGAGAAAAACUUUGUUAAAAGAAGGCAAGAAGCCCACAGUAGCGUCUUGGACAAAAUAUUGGGCAGCCUUGUGUGGAACACAGCUUUUUUAUUAUGCUGCCAAAUCUCUGAAGGCUACAGAAAGAAAGCAUUUCAAGUCAACAUCAAAUAAAAAUGUGUCUGUGGUGGGAUGGAUGGUGAUGAUGGCUGAUGAUCCAGAGCAUCCGGACCUCUUUCUUCUGACUGACUCCGAGAAAGGAAAUUCAUACAAGUUUCAAGCUGGCAGCAGGAUGAAUGCAAUGCUGUGGUUUAAACAUUUGAGUGCGGCCUGCCAGAGUAACAGGCAACAGGUUCCUACAAACUUGAUGACUUUUGAGUAAAAGCCUGAGAAAAAGGAAGUGUACCAUUGUUCCUGCGAGGAGCAAAGGACCUGCGGAGAGCGCGAGCCGCACCAUCCUGUGCCAGGAAGAGCCCCUAGGCUCCAGCCCAGCCUCCGGAGCUCAGAACCAAAAGCACUAAUUUCAGGGAAUGAAGUGAGAUAUUCCCAGAGAACAAAUUGGAGUUGCAAAACAAACUGCCAUGAACUACGCUUCUUAUCUCCGAACUGACCUGUGGAAACCACUGCCUUAACAGAGUGAGAGGGAAACCAACACCAAAUAGUGUGUGUGAAUCUUCUGGCGGUGCUGUGCUUGGAAUAAAUUGUAGCUAAUUUGUGUUUCUUUUAACUUUGUACUAAUUUUGGAGGGGAAACCAUCUUUUUUUUAGAUACACUUUAAAAAGGAAAACCCUUUCUUAUGGAUUCCAUCAAGAGCUGUUUUAGGUGCAGUAAGAAGUACCCGGUGAGGAAUAGGCCAACAGCCCACCUGCAGGGUCUGCUCAGCCUCUGGUACUGGCUUCCUGGCAUUUACCCACAGCAAGAUAUGGGAGUUGAAUGAUGACAGUGCUAGUUAUGGAGGUGUAUUUGGAAUAAGGUGUACUUGAAUGAGAAAUGUAUUUAAACACUGCACUCUGGAAUUCAGUGCUGGAAGGAGAACGGGGACUUCCUGAAGGAGGUACAAAGGCUGAGUGUUCACCUUGCAGCAGGCUCCAGAACAUGUGGUUGUUUCUAACUGGGCUUAACUUCCUAUAUGAAUUCACAAAUCUGCGUAGGAGAAUGAUGAUCCCAAACUGAGGUUUCUGUAGUUUUCUCAAAUCUACAGUCAAGUGGAUUCUCCAGCCACAGGGGUUCAGCGUCAUGGUGAAGGCCCUGGUGGUAUUUCCCGGUCUUUGCCCUUUGCAGUGUUUAAUGUGCGUUAUGCCAGACUUAUUUUUUAUUGCAUUUGUUUCUGUUCAGUAUGAAGUUCAAAAGCAUACUUGUUUAAAAGAUUCUUCACAUAUAUGUAUGUAUUUUAUUGUAAGACAAAACGAUUUUAAGAAGAAUAAAGGCAAAGUUUUCAGUUCUAGGAGUUAAAAAUAUAAAACUUUUUCUCUGUAUGAUUUUCCCAAAUGUACCAGAACGUUUUUUUAGAAAGCUUCUUUACUGUCGGUCCCCAAUCUGAAAAUUAUGUUUUGUUAGUAACUGGCCAAACAGUUUUGAGAGUGCCCUUCUAGGCAAUAACACAUUUAAUUUUUAAAAUGAACGUUGGACUUGAGAUAGCCUAGAAUUUUAACCAAGAAUAGUGCUUGAAUAGACUACUGUGGGCUACAACUCUUCGUAGUGGCUCUGUGCAGAGGCCUUGACUUAACACCUCCAAGCAAACUGCUCUUUCUUUAGGUCUCACAUAAAAUUUCUCAUAUUUGUAUCCUUCAAGAAUUGUGUCCUUUUUAUCAGAAAUUAGCUGAAAAAGAAAUCAGUCCAAAAGAAAGCAAAGAGCCUUUUCUGAGUGUUUCUAAUUUCAGUAAUUCAAAUAUGUUUGUCAUGUGACAGAAAUAGAUUAGUUGGGGUUUCAUUGACAAGCAAGGAAAGGCAAAUGUUGCCUGUAUAGAAUGAUUUUUUCAAAUAAUGGUCUAAGCUUACCCACAUUGGGUAUGCAUAGACAGACAUUACUAAGUAGCCAGCAGUAUUACAGUAUAGACUUUGUACAUCUUACUUUCGUUUUGCAUUAUUUUUAGCAAUCCCUUAGUUUACGUUGCUUAUGAAAUAAUGAUUUCAAUAGCAUCCUUGCUGUUUUUGAGAUACUGUGAAUGAGAAUCCUGUGGCUUUUUUAUUGCAACCUUAUGAGUAAGCUAAAGCCGUUACAUUGUAGGUGAAUCGCAUCUGUGGAGAUGGGCAGCUAGCAGAGGCCGACCUCACUGUUUUGCCAAAGAAAUAGCACUGAGAUGGAAGACAUACGUGUUCAAUGUGCCCAGCCUCACCUGGGUGAGGGGAGGGGGAGAACCAUGUUUAGAUCAGAGUAGCCAGUCCAUAUUAGCACUAUGGCCUCUGGCCAAAACUAAAACUAUUUUUCUACUUUAAAAUUUGCUGUAAACAUCAGUCAUUGCUUUUUAGGGUGAUUCUAGAAACUGUGAGAGAUGAGUUAUAUAGAACAGGUUGAGUUUUGUUUUUUUUUUUUUUAAUCUAUAAUUCACAGAAUGGUAUCAGAUUAGAGUUGAAGCAAAGAAAACAUUGCCAAACUGUAGUAAAUAUUUGAAUGCUUUAUUGGAGAGUGAACCCUGUUGUAAAGUGACUCACAGGCUCAUUGUCCAUGAUCCUUAAAGUUCAUUUGUUUGUCUAAUAGCCAACGAGGACUCUCUAGAAAUUCACUCAAAACAUAUACUUAAGCUAGUUUAUAAGCAGACUGAAUGGGAUAUUCUAUGACCCAGUGCAAGGUGUGUAGUGCUAGCCUCAUUUGACAACCUAUAUGAGUAUAAAGGCUUAUUUUUUUCCUAAGUCUGUUUUUAAGUUGUACCUACGAAAAUGCCUGCAUAGUGCCCAAGCACUGUUCUGCGCUCCCUGUGCUUAUUUUUCAGAAUAUUUUUGCUAUAGUGUCUAUACUUGUAAGGAUCAAAAGAGAAUUGAUGUUUGGUUUUGUUCAGUGUGUAUUUGUGUGAACAAUUCAAAAAAGGAUCCAAUUUUGAAGUAUUUUUCUCUCUUUCCUUAUAUAUGUUUGAGUGGCAAUUAUUUUUCCUGUGUAAACUGUAUCAUCCACUAUUGUGCCAUCUUCUGAGUGGUCUGUUGCUACUGGAUCUCCAUGUUGAGUUCAUCAGGAGGCUCAGAACUGCAGUUUUUUUGUUAGUGGUGGUGGUUUUUGGGUUUUUUGUUUUGUUUGUUUUUGUUUUUGUUUUUUUUUUUUUUUUUUUCCUCCUCGAUGUUUAUACAGAAGCCCAGCAAGCAGCAUUUUUCUCCAACAGGAAUGGAGCCGCGCUUAGACCCCUGGGUAGCUGAAAUGGUUCCCUGUGAGCAGUGUGGCUUCAUCAGUCCCUGGAGAUUGUUAACAUUUAACUGUCCAAAUGACUUCCGCGUAAGAUCCUUUCCUGAGGUUAAAUCUGUAAGUUACAUAUAUUUAAAACUGUGGGGCAUUAUAUCAUUGGAAAUCAGUACUAACAGACUUAAUUCAUUGGCUUUUUACAAGAACAUACCUUCUGUUGGUUUCCUUCCUGUUUAUUGAGGCACAUUUCUUUCUCCUUCCUGUUUAUUGAGGCACAUUCCUUUCUGUUACCUUCUGCAAACAAGAGGUACCAGUGUUGCUUAAUGGAAGAUAAGCUUUAAUAAAAAGAAAUCCUCUGCCCUCAAGACUUUUAAAAGAAUUACAUCCUUUUGAAAACGAAGCUGAACUUCAUUGUACUGGGACCACGCCACAGCAGUACGGCUGCUGCCAGAGCCCUGGCCGAGCAAGUGGUGGGGUGUACCUGACUUUAGCCUCCUUUUAGGGCUUGUGUUCAUUUUCUCUUUUAUAUUAUUUCUUACUACCAUCCUGGUUUAUGGCCAGGAAGGUAUCGCUUUUUUCUAAGCCUCUGAGACACAAAAUUGCUAUUAAAUAGUAUUAAUGAUAAAUUACAUGUGAACCUUUUCAAAAUGACUUAAGUACCUUUUGGGCUUGCUUCCCUAAAAAUGGCUUGUGUCUAAAAUGACUUUUCAACUUGAGAAUUCCUCUGAAGAGAUGCAUACACUCCCGCUUUUCAGCUCACUGAAGGCAAUUGCAUUUAGCCUAUCUCUAGCCAUUGAGUCGGUGGUGCCUUAUCAAUUUGAAACUAGUUUUAGGGCAUUGAGAAUGGCUUUAACCAUGUGCCCUCUUAGCCCUCUGGCCUGAAGAUGACUGUGUAGACAUCUGGAUAGUUUUAGUUCUCCAUUCUUAAUUCUUUUUCAGAUGAGCCUCCCUCCCUCCCUGUGGCGCUCUUGUCUGGGUAGGUUAAACAAAUGCACUCAAAUCAGCCUUUGGAUGAGGACUGUCCAUGCUGGCUGUCAGGAACCUCCAUCUAACUGAAUCUAAUUGUAUUCUGUGUUGUUUUGACCUUAGGGUAUGUGACAAGGCCUGUGGGCAAAAUCCCUAAAGGAAUAGGAUACAUACAGAAGGAGUUUUUCAGUUUUACUAAAACUACUAAAAUACUGUGGUGGCAAUCAAAAAUCCCUGCAGCCAGAAAUGAAAUUUAUUUCAGUUUCCUAUUUAAGAAAGAAUGAACAAGCAGUCCCUUACCCUGCUGGUUAUUGCUUACUUGAAAAUAUACAAGAAAGACAGCACUAUUAAUAAAUCAGGGGCAAGAGACUAGACUAGGUUUCUCAGCCAAAGCAAAGUUUAGAAACAUUUUGCAUAGGACAUUGGAAGGCCAGGAGAUACUUUUAUCUGUCUGAGUAGAAAUGCUGUUUUCAGGGUGCUUAGAGAAUAGACACAUAGAAGCACAUGGUCUUUAGAUCCAGUGAAAAGGUUAACAGGUCCUUGAGGGUUAUUAGCAAAAUUUAAAAUCUGAUUUCAGCCAAUUGGUCUGCAAAAUAGUUAAAGGAACUCAUGGAGUGCUUGGGGAAAGGAAAGUCAGCAGGCAAUUUCAAAUUUAUAUAUCGAGUAACAAAUGCUAUAUUCCUGAAGAUGUCACCUGAUAGAACUCAACAGUAUGGUUUCAAGAAGUAUUGAGUUGGUGGAUGUUACUAAGAUAGGUGGUAGGACUCCAAACUUGAGUUUCUACAGCUUGAUUGUUGGUGUUCAUUCUUUGAUAGCCCACUGAAGGGCCUGGAAGGAGGCACUCAAACAUCUCUAGGGAUAAAUUCCCAAAGCUAAUAAUAAAAAAGAAAUAAAAACUCACAAACUGUUUUCCUUCUCUGUCCCAGUUAACUUGAGGUACUUAAUGAUGAAGGGCUCACUUGCACUGUGACCUCUCUGAGUGAUGUGCAUCUUGGUUCCUCUCUGGCUUUGUUUCUUUUUAAUAUGCAGAAGUGAGCGUGUGAUCUUCAGUGUGUUUGCAUAAGCUAACUUAAGAUGAAUUUAAGAACAGUUUUCUGAAAUAUUUCUAUUGAAAUAAACAACUUAAAACUA